CACACACACACACAUACACGCCGGAGUUGCAGUCCAGUCACAGUCCAGGGAGCUUGUUUGAGCUGUGUGUGUGUGUGUGCUCCUGGUUACUGCCUCAGACUUUUCUGUCAGAUUAUGAGUUUACCUGCCAUCAAUGAAGAGCCAAAACACGACACGUCACUGGGGAACUUUCACCGCGUGUUCACACCUCCUGCAAAGGUCAUUAACCUCUGAGAAAGGACUGAUCCGGUCUGACGUCUACUCUCCAAUAACACUGAACCUUCAUGUAUCGGAUGAGCCUUUUGAUCAAGCAAGGAAAUGGCCAUGGUGUACAGACUCUAUGUAGGAAUUGUGACAGCUCUGGCCUUAUGCAAAUAUUGCCUCGCAGAGUGGAACGCCACCGAGGAGCCUGCCAAUCCAACCGUAGACCACUGUCAUCACCAUGACAACAGAGACAAUUGCACAGAGGAGUGGAGCGGCCAUUUCUCCACAUGUCCAGAGGAAUUCAAGCACUACUGUGUCCACGGAGAGUGUCGUUACGUUGAAGAACAGAAGACGCCGUCCUGCAGGUGUGCGCCUGGUUAUGUCGGCUACAGGUGUCAAUACGUGGACUUGGACUGGCAGAAAGCAGAGAAGCGACAAAUCAUCAUCGCAUGCGUCGUCGUCGGACUCCUUCUCCUCAUUCUUCUAAUUGUCUUCAUCUUCUUUUGUUCACAUCGUAGGUACAGACUGUGUUGGCGGAAAGGAAGACGCAGGGAAGAACCGAGGAACGGGUCAGAGAAGCUCAGUAUGAUGGACACCCGAGCCACGCACACCGUCCCGACACCAGACACGACAGACACUCAUGCCGUAUGAGACGUGCGUGUAUGUGUGUGUGUGUGUGUGAGUGUGAGUGAGUGGGUGCAUGCACACGUGUGGGAAUGGUUUUGGAUAACAGGGAUCCAUGCUGUCCAUUGUGUGACAGCUGCUGCCUUUCGUCUCCUUCACAAUGAAGGCAAAUGUGCUGGUGGAGUUACGUCAGGCAGGGGCACACAGGAUUUUCAAGCCCCUCUUCUCUUGACGGGCAGCUGUGUUGGGGACUGCUGCAGAGAAAAGAAGAUGCUCCCUCCUGGAUUCAUCACUCACACAAGCCGGAGAUGAGUGAUGCACUGGUUGUGUCCAGGCGAGGACGUUCGUCCCCGCUGUGGUGGAGCUACAGGCACUUGUUGCCUUCCACUUCCACUGCUGGCUGCAUAGCUCUAAAUAAACUGUUGCUAUUUUGGAAGAAGUUGUGACGCCAGCUGGCAGCCAGUGAUAACAACUGAUGAUGUUGUUAGUCCAUGUUGGAUAAGACACCGAGAGGAAAAGUGACUGUGUGAAAAUACUACACUCCAUGCUCCUCUAUACGUUUGAGGGUACUCUUGUAUACAAACCAUUGAAUGUAUGUAUAUAGACAUUAGACUACAAGCAGCUACAGCAUAGGCUACUGCAGUUUAGAGUCAUACUAUUUCUGCUGUGUUUACUACCUUCACUUUAGUGUCAUUUAUAUUGACUUUUUUAAGCACAAAAUCAACAGCUCUGAUCACAUAAUCGCUCUGUGCACACUCACUCAGAAUGUCGUUACUUGUCAACACUAGCAAUGCAAAAGGAAACCUCACAUAUUACUAAAGGUUGCAGUCCAGGUUACUCUGAGAGGAGAGAGGACAAGGAGAAGUUGUGCUGCAGGAUUUAUUUUUUUUGAUCCGUAUAUUUGGAGCCGGGCAGCCUCCGAGCUACAGAGGCAGAACAGCUGAGCCUGUGUGUGGAGGCUCCACUGAGGUGAAAGUGCUCCACUGUGUGAGACAGUUUCCACACUGCCAGCGUUUCACUGGCCGUAUCUAUCUCUAUGUACGUUGAUUCUACGUCUAAAUGCAGAAUUGGGACAUUCUGGAGAUCUUGGAAUGAACACGUCUAUUCUACUUGUCAUUAAUGCAAAUUUUCUCCUCGCAAAGUGUCAGUUACAGUUGCACAGCCCUCGCUUUAUAAGAAAAGAUACUCUUGUGUUUUGCAAGCGAUGUUUCUCAACCAGGCCUCGCUCUGUUAUCCGUGUCACAGUCUACUCCAGUUUCCUCUUUUUCGCUCCUCGACAGUCUCCCAUUCCCCUUGAAUAUUCCAGUAGUUGUAACUCUCUAUGCAGGUCAUCGGUUUCAAAUGUUCAAAGCUGCCCGCCAUGCAAACGAGCAGCCAAGGAAUGUGCAGAUUAAGUAUGGAUCGCACUCGCUUCCAGGUGAUUGUACUUUGGUUGCGGUUUUAUUAUGCUGCAGUGUUGCCAUGGUGCUGGUGUCUAACCAGAGGGAGACAGACACUGUGAGCCAUUCUUAAAAGUGUGAACAUUACACGAUACGGUCCUGUGACAUAAUGUAACUUCAUCUUGCAGGCACACAGUAGUUAUCGUUUGUCUCGGGUUCGUCACUGAUACCAACAAUGUUUUAAUUUGAGCUCUUUUCGGAAGUUCAGGCCGCCUGAGAAACUGGGUCACUCUCGGCCGACGUGCGACAGGAAGAUGGUAAUGUUUGAUAAGAUUAAAACAACACGAUAGUAAAGUUUACAGUGCACACGCUGCGUGGUGCAUUUUGUUAUGGAUGUAUCUCAACUGCCGCCUUAGUUUUUUAUGCAUUGUCCAAAUGAUAGAAAAACAACAACAAAAACAACUAAAAGACAUGUCACAGCUUGAGAGAAACGAUCAAAACUCUUAGUUUCAUAAUUCAUCCCUUUGUUGUCCACAACCUGUCGUCUGGAUGCGAAAACACCUGAUCACAGCAUGAAUACAAACACAGGAUUCAAAGGAAUAAUGGGCAAAUUGUUACCUUUGGACAGAGCCAGGCUGUGUAACUUUGUUUUCACUCUCCGUACUCAGAUAAGCAAACCUGAGUUUCUCUUAAAGUCACCUUAGUUGUGGCUCCUUCAGGCCACAAAAACUCUCUUCACAAAUGGUUUUGUGCACAGUCUGUUAGAAAUGGGUAAUAUAAGAAGGACCCAGUUGUUUGGAAACAUGCCUGCCCUUAAUUAACUGGUUUAAUCGGUUGAUGCGAGUUUGGCCCUUUUCACAGUGAAACAAAGCCGACUAAUUUCAGGGUCUAUCCAGAGGCGAAAAUGAAGUUUAACUGGGGAAAUUAGUUUUUCAGCAAUGGGCCAAGAAGUGACACAGCAUGUUUUUGUAUUUGUUGUAUUUUGUAUUCAGCAAGGACAUCUACUCUCUCUCUCUCUCAUCUACGACUGAGGUAAUUUUAGGCUGUCAUCAAAACAUUGACAGCAGUGGAAUGUCAGAGUUUCUAUAUGAGGGGUGUGUCUGCCGGACUUGGAAAUACGAGGCUGAUAAGACGGAAUGAUACCAGCCAGACGCUUGUGCUGGAGCUGUUUGAUUUGGACGCAGUAAAAAUGUCUUUCAUUAAAAAAAAUGGACUGUU